UUACAAAAAGUGCUUACUCAGAAACAUCUUGUUUUCUUUUCUCAAUCAAGUUCCGGUAGUAGGUCAGCCGACGGAAUGUAAACACGUGACCGAACCGAUCAUAUGAUUCCCCGAGCUUCUAGUUUCUGUUUGUUAAUUAAUAAAAGCUAAUCAUAUAAGAAGAAAGAAGGGCACAGUUGCAGAGGACGUAUUUAUAUUGGAUCCACAACAUUUAAGUGACCCGCAAUGAAGUUAAUCAUUUUGGAUGACUAUAACCAAGCUAGUGAAUGGUCUGCAAAAUACAUCAGAAAUCGUAUUGUGCAGUUUAAUCCUGGUCCAGAUAAGUACUUCACUUUAGGACUCCCAACUGGAAGCACUCCAUUAGGCUGUUACAAGAAACUUAUUGAAUAUUAUAAAAAUGGAGAUCUGUCCUUCAAGUACGUGAAAACAUUUAACAUGGAUGAGUAUGUUGGUCUCCCCAGAGAUCACCCAGAAAGCUACCAUUCUUAUAUGUGGAACAAUUUCUUCAAACAUAUUGACAUCUGCCCAGAAAAUGCUCAUAUUUUGGAUGGCAAUGCAGAGGAUCUGCAAGCAGAAUGUGAAGUUUAUGAGAGAAAAAUAAAAGAAGCUGGGGGAAUUGAACUCUUUAUUGGAGGUAUUGGUCCAGAUGGUCACAUUGCCUUUAAUGAACCUGGCUCAAGCUUGGUAUCCCGGACAAGAGUGAAAACACUAGCCAUGGACACCAUUCUGGCUAAUGCUAGGUUCUUCAAUGGGGAUCUCUCCAAGGUUCCCACCAUGGCACUCACUGUUGGAGUGGGCACUGUUAUGGAUGCUAGAGAGGUUAUGAUUCUUAUCACUGGAGCCCAUAAAGCAUUUGCUCUUUAUAAAGCUAUUGAAGAUGGUGUAAACCACAUGUGGACUGUCUCAGCUUUUCAGCAGCAUCCCAAGACUGUCUUUGUAUGUGAUGAAGAUGCUACUUUGGAGCUGCGAGUCAAAACUGUAAAAUAUUUUAAAGGACUUAUGCAUGUUCACAACAGGCUCAUUGAACCAUUGUACAGCAUCAAGGCAAAAUGAGAUAGAACAAAUGUGGCAAGACCCUCUAUAGUGACUGAACUGCACCUGAUGUCUAUUCCAGUGGCUUCAGGAAUACUGAUCACUGUUGACAACUGUUAAUCAUAUAGUGCUUUUUAUAUAAAAUUGUACACUCUUUGUAAAAGUGGAGAACUGGGUGAUGAUUUAACCAUUUUUAUAAAACAUUAUCUUUGAACUUUAAAAUGCAUUUAUCCAUUUCAGUCUGAACAGGCUGUUUUGACUUAAGGCUGUAAUAAUUUUAUGGUAUAUUUUUAUGUCUGUCUUGUAUGGAUGCACGCACACAGUUUCUGCAGUGAGCCUAGGUCUGUCUUUAUUAUAUCAUCACAUUGUUACAUAACCCAGUUUUGCAAAUGAAACCGGUGAAAGGUAGGCAGUAUUUAUAAAGGAAGGUUGUAGUUUUGUUCUUAAAUCAAGCUGUAAAGUUUCACUUCAAACAGUAGAUCUGAGUGGUCUUUGUGAAUGUGACAGUCUAAACCAUAAGUUCUGUAACACAAAAGUUUCAUAAAUUACUAACUGUUAAACAGUCCGGCAUUUAAUUUAGAAAUGACAAGUGGAGUUUUUCUUUAAGUGCUUCUUUACAAAUAUUUGUGGAGGGUAAAUAACAUGUAGUAAAAGGUGAUCACCUAAUGACAUUUUUAUGCUGAAAAUGCAGUGCACGAGGUGAGUGUUUUAGGAAUACAUCUGGGCUCUUCAGACAUAUAACUAAGCUGUUUUACCCCAUUUAAACUGCAGCUGAGUAAGGGGUAACACUGGCAUAGACCACAAAUGUGGUCACAUUCUUUUCCACUCUGGCAAUAAAUAGCCCAUCAGUCUUCUAACCUGCUUUUGCAAUAUGCCGUGCUUCUCCUCAGGCAUGACAAUGCUGUCAGUAUAAUUUGUAGCCAAUUCAGGUGCUUCUUAGUGACUUAAUGGAGAUUACUUUUGUGCAUGCGGAUGUAUUUGUAGUAGUGUGUGUCAUUUCACACACUACUUAACAUCUCCUUGUAUUCCUAUGCUUCAUGUAUAAAUUUCCAUGUACAGUAUAUGUGGAUCUAAGGAUAUGGCAAGUAUUUAAUAUUAUGCCCAGUAUUAACGUAUAUACUGAGCAUUCUAAGCAUUUCAAUUUUGUACAGUCAUUACAAUGUUCUACAGCAUUUGUUUUGAUUUCUGUAACAGAAAAGAAACAGUAAAAAUGUGUAUUUACAGCAUG